AUGACGAACGGUCUUCACAUGGCAAAAUCAGGGGAUGAGCCCGAAUGUAUGGGUAUCGCCACCGUUCCGGUGCCACGACAAGCUUUCCUCAAAUCGGAAACCGGCUCCCCCGAUUAUUUGAGUUUGACAACCGAAGAAGGCAUGGAGAGAUACCAAGAGUACUUGGGGAGGAGACAGGAAGCCCGAGACCGCUACAUCGCCUCGCGGGCAGCCUUGAAGCGGGAUCUCAAUCAAGCUCGUGACGAUUAUUAUGACGAACUCAAGGAGGUGUGCAGGUAUCGCGCCGAGGUGCGCGAGGGCGCCUCUCGCUUGCCUCCUCCGCUGGCCUCUAUCUGGCAUAGGCUCAUAGGGCAGACAUUCGAGUUUCUCCGACGAGACUUACACACCAAGCCGGGGCACGAUGAACUGCACAGGCACACAGUUGCGGCUAAGGAGGGGAGGUCGAGGAUCGAUACGGAAUAUAAGGAAGAAGAGGAGCGCCUUCGCAAGGAGUAUCAACAUAUCCUCCAUCCCAUUGCCCUGGCAGAUUAG